GAUUCGAGCGACUUACGGCCGCGGCGGGCUGAACGGCUGGUGGUGUUUUGCGUGGGUUGUCUAGUUGUUAUGCCGUGGGGUUAAUGUGUUUUUUUCUAGAUCAUUGACCCCUAUUAUUAUAUUAUUACCUCGUUCUCGUUUUUUUCCCUCUACGUUUUUUAUUUAUUUUUUAUUCCAUUUGCCCACAUAAUACCCGUGUCACUCCGAGACAAUGACAAGUGCGAAAUAAGCCGUCUGGGUUAGUGGGUUGUGCCAUUAUUCCGGAUUCCGAACUACACCCCAGCAUUGAAUUAUCAUUGUCGAUAGACGACCUUAGUCAGGUUUAAAUACCUUUUUAUUUUUCUUGUUUUCCAUUUUCUGUCGUUCACUAGACUACCUACUGUUGCUGGGACAUCGUCGUCAUUGACCAAUUGGGCUGCGAGAUGAAAUUGAAUCGUGAUCGGCAUGCACGAUAGUGUGUUAGUGGUUGGUUCAUCAAUAAAGCAUGAUAUCUGUUGGGACGAAUUCAAAGAUGGCCAGUAACAGGACUAAUGCUGCUACCUCCGCCGCCUCUGGCACAGAUUCAGAACAGACGGCUGAACAAAUAGUACGUAAAAAAACAAUUAUAUCACCCGAAGAUGUAUUAACCUUGUCGAAAAUUACAGAAGGGUAUUUAUGUGCUCCAGAUGCAAAUAUAUAUAAUAUAGAUUUUAUACGUUUUAAGAUACGUGAUCUUGAUACAGGCAUGGUAUUGUUUGAAAUUGCCAAGCCUUCUGUUAUACUUGACGACAAUCAAACUGAAGGAAAAGUAGAGGAGACAGAUCUAAAUAGUGGCCGAUUUGUACGCUAUCAAUUUACACCCAAGUUUCUUAAACUGAAAUUGGUUGGAGCAACUGUGGAGUUUACUGUGGGGAAUAAGCCAGUUAAUAAGUUUCGCAUGAUUGAACGUCAUUAUUUCCGCAACAAAUUAUUAAAGACAUUUGACUUUGAAUUUGGUUUUUGCAUACCACACAGCAAAAAUACAUGUGAACACAUAUACAAAUUUCCUAAUUUGGAUUCUGAAUCGAUUAAAGAAAUGAUCCAAAAUCCAUUUGAAACCAAAUCUGAUAGUUUCUAUUUUGUUGAAGAUCGACUCAUAAUGCACAACAAAGCUGAAUAUGCAUACAAUGGUGGAGUUUAGUACAGCUGAGACAACCUUUUAUGUUAAUAUUUUUAUUUCAUAUAGGUUUUAUUUGGUGAAGAACAAAACCAUUAAACAUUAAAUUCAAAUAUAUAAAAUAAUGAACAGUUAAAUUAUGAUAAAUAACAAUAUAAAUAAUAAUAAUAAUAAUAUAGGAAAAUAUAUUUAAAGGCAAACAUCAUCUUAGACAGCCAAUCAUUGAACAUAGUUAACAUUUCACAGUUUUUUUUUUAUCUACAAGUUCUAACAUGUUUUUACAUCACAUUGUGUGGUCA